CUUACUGCGGCUCCGCAGCACCUGUGACUUCACGGAGAAACUGUUGCGGUAUGGAAGCGACCUGGAGGUCAUUCAGUACCAGAACAGGCUGAUUGAGAACCUAGAGGAGGUAGGGAAACUCGAACCGAGGGACGACAUCAUCGAGGGUCUGGUUGGGUCGGAGCUCCUGUUCGUGACAGAGGACGCGGACGUGCAGUAUGUGCUACAGAAGAUGGGGCAGCUGGAGACGCGGCUGAAGGACGACACCACCUCCCUGUCCGAGCCGGACGCCAACAGCGCGGACGAGAUGGACGACGUGGACAGACCCAUCCUGAGGAAGGACGACAUUGACGUCAUGAGGCUGGACAGCCUGACUAAAAGUACGGACGACGAAAACGACCAUGCCGAGCGCAGGGAGUCCAUGACGCACGCCAAGACCACCAAAAGACUCGUGCUGGACUUCGGCAAUGACGGAGAGGGGGAGGGGCAGUUCCUGGCACCGGAAGGGGUUCUGUUCACAAGCGAUGGGGACAUCCUCGUUCUAGACUCUAUACAGAAGUCAAUGCAAGUGUUCGGGCAGGAGGGAGAGUUCAAGUCCAGGGUCAAGCUGCCCGUCUUCCCGCGUGAUGUCGUCUGGACUAGGGAGGGAAACCUAGCGAUGACCGGGAACAUGCACGGCCAGGGGUGUGUGGUCAUCAUGGACCCGGAGGGGCGGGAGCUCAGGCGCUUCGACGCGGACGGGAAGCUGGAGUUCGUGCAUGGCAUCGCCGUGGACUCACACGAGCGCUUCAUUCUCACGGAUGUCAGAAAGCACAGGGUGACCAUCCAUUCGCCAGAGGGCGAUCUUGUUCACCAGUUCGGUAAAUACGGGAAUGACGCAUACUCCUUCAACAAGCCACAUUACGUCACCGUCAACAGUAGGGACGAACUUAUCGUCUGUGACAGAGGAAACCAUUACGUCAAAGUGUAUGACUACCAAGGCAAGUUCCUCCGCAAGUUCGGCGGCUGCGGCAACGACGCCAACAACUUCAUCUACCCGUACGGCGCAUGCGUCCUGGCCUCGGGAGACAGCAUGGACGACAUCGUGGUGUGCGACAGCGGACACAACAUGGUGAAGAUCUUCCACUCGGACGGGAACUUCCACCGCUACGUCCUCACGCAGGACGACGGGCUCAUGUGCCCCAAGACCCUGGCGCUCCGGGAGGAGCACAACCAGCUCGUCCUGACCGAGAGGGACAGAUGUUACGUCAAGGUGUACAAGCUGGAGGACUGAUGAGAUACAAAUCGUGAAAAGAACAAAUUGUGUCUGUUGCCAUAUGAUUCGUGCAAAAGUAAAGUGUUGUGAAAUGAUAAUCAAAAGCAGGAUUGUCAAUCUAAUGAAAGUUUGACCACCUGAUCUCUUUACCACUUGUUGAAAAAUAUGUUACAAUCACUACCGUAAAGACAGAAAACUGGCAGCAUGAUUAAUACGUAACAAAUCAAUGUUUUGACUUGGAGCUUAUGUUAUGCAAUGACGCAAAGCGCUUUAUUGGGUCUUUGUGAUGUUUCCGAUAACAAAUCAAAAAGGGAAUUCUUCUCAAUGGUAAAUGAACUUCUACUAUUAUAUGACGUUGGAGCUUUUCUUGUCACAAACAAUAAGAACUUUCUUUGGCAAAAUGCCAUCAUGGUUAUGCACUUGCAUCUCUCACUGGACUCAAAUAAUAUCACAUUACGAAUUAGAUAAAUGGCGAAGAUAACCUAAUUACAUAACCUAACAAGGAUGGUACGCAGGCCAGUCAAUGCAUUGCCACGGUUUACAGUAUGCACCCAGGCAUACGACGUGUUGUUAUUCAGUUGCCGUUAGAGAUGUCCAUUGAGAAGUCCUUCACACACUGCUGCAGUCAAUGUUGUUAUCGACAACCGAAAAAUAUAUACUAGUAUUGAAAGCUAGUGAACUGUCCAGCGUAGACCUUGAAGUAGUGAAAUGUUCUCUUGUAUAACCAGUGGAAAUCAGCUUCAAGCCAUCGUUAGACGCCGUGACGACCAUUAAUCAAAACAUUGAUCUGCGCACACGUUCCAUUUAUAAGGUGUUAUUUCAAAUACGAGCUAUAUCUAAUUUUGAUAUAAACAAUUGAUAAUAUAUGCGUUGCAAUAAAUAUAUCAAGCGGAUUUUGUGUAAA